AUGCUGGGGGAUACUGUGCGUACGGCGUCGUACAGCUCGACGUGGGCAUGGUUAUGGAUCCUACUGGCCAUACCUGCCGUGAUCCUCCUGCUCGAACAUGUCGGCAUACCAUGGGCUACCCAGCGCCUGCUGCAGGGCCGUGGCGAAUUACGCUCCCUCAGCUUGCUUGGCGGUCUGCACGACUUGGUAUGGCAGCCUACAGAAGGACCACGCUGGCGGUUCCGGCAGAUCUACCUCGUGAUCCACUGGCCUGAUCUACUCAAGCGCCGAGCCACCACACCCAGCCGCGUGCAAUGGCUUACGCUCCGCAUAGAAGGGGUCGAGGUAGACCUUGUUUUGCGUCCCUCUGCGCCGCCCGCGGCCAAGGAAGCACCCGCCGACACCAACGAGCCUUCGUCGGCCUCUACCUCCUCCCAUCCACACGGCGAGGGUAUCUCACAUACGUCGCAAGCCGCCCUCCUUGCGCACACCUCUGCCUCGCCAUGGCACCAAGCACAACACCGAUGGCGCGAGCUACGUCAUAUCAUGCUUCGUCGGACUAAGCGUUUUCUUACCCUCGUUAUUGAGAGUAUAGGGGCAUUGUCUGCCAACUUCAUUGCGGUCGAAGUCUGCGAUGUGCGUGUUCGUCCCGCCGACACUGCCGUGGCGCUGCAGGUCGACUAUGCACGCUGGCAUGCCUCGGUGCUUCUCGCGUACGCAGCCCGACGUCUCCAUCGUCUCGCACAAACCGUGUCUGACGGCUUUGCCGACGCGCCGACGCAGGCCAUGCAUACGCGGUCGCACGGCUUCUUCGGCCUGAACAUGCGGGCGCCAGAAGGCCGCUUGCGUGUGCAGUUGGACGUCGAAGGCAUUCGUCUACAGCAUCACGAGAACGAUGUCGUGGCGAUGCCAGGGCGCUCAUCGUUCUCGGUACGGACCAAGUUUAAGGAGUACAUUGUACGUGAAUCAGCGAUGGUCCGCCUGGAGCUGGCCGACUUGCAUGUCGACGCCGAUGCCUUGCAGCAUGUACGAUCUGACAUCACGGCGUGGAAGCAUGCCUCGAUACCCACCGAGUCUCCCGCUUCGCAACCCUCGCGACCGCCCACGCCCACGCCGCCUAGAUGGCUCGCCUACAUGCGCAGCAUUGUCCUGAACCUCGGCAAGGCUCACAUUGUGCACCAUCUGCCGGGCGACAGCGACGAUGAGCUCCGCCUGGAACUGAAAUCGCUGCGUGUGUCUCUGGAAAACAGCGAUCCAUCUCACUCCGUGCACCAGGCUUGGUUCGGUGCUUGUGGUCGUGGGAAAGGGCAUAAUGCCUCGCUCUUUGAAGCGCGUCGCAUCUUUUACCUGCAAUGGUCUCUGGCGCACAUCAAGACCGUCCUCCAUAUGGAGCACUCGAAGCACCGCUCGUUGUUGCUGAGCUUUACGCGCCUGCAUACAUGGUGCCGCACCUCGUUCACUCCCUACGGCGUGCUGCCCGCAGAAGCCCAACACGGGCGUCCGCCCUUGUUCUUCGACACCGAUCCCAACGAGCCUAUGGUCACACUGCGUAUGAGCCUCGAACACAUUCGCAGCGCUCCUGACCUCACGAGUUUGUCACGUGUCUCCUCCGCGUUGCGGCGCGCAAGGCCGUCGACGCCUUCCUCGUCGCAGGGCUUCAAAUUCACCGGUCCCCAAUGGCUCCCGCGCGUAGCGAUGGUCUUUCAAAUCGGCGCAGUGGACGUCGUAGUGCACCAGGGCCGCUCUGCGCAGCUCUGGGAUGCGGAACGUCGUGCAUUGGCCGUCUCGAUACCCCAGCUCCAUAUCGAGCUGCAAGGCUCGUAUGGCGAACGUGUGCGUGUCCUCCGCGACUCGCAGCUUGGCAAUAUCGAGGCAAUCGAGGCGCACAAAAAGUACCCGCUGCGCUACGUCUUCGAUGCGAGUGCCGGUAUCGCGGCAAUUGACGCGUACUUGACUAUGCCACAUGUGGGCGGACGACCGACGCACCAUGAUGUGCUCAACAUCGGCGCCAUUGGUUUCGAAUUUGCAUCGCGUAUCCCUACUGCGAUCGACAUACACACAUGGCGGCCACGCAUAAACUACCAGGCGGCGCGAAGUCGUACGCGCCUCUCUGUGCAGCACAUCGAUGUGAACGUGUGGCACGCAUUUGUCGUGGAAACGCUCCUCGACGUCCUACGUGCCAUUUUCCAUGUGCGUCCUAUGGACUCGUCCCCCCCACCCUCUGCCCCUGUGGACGAUGGCACGACGUACAAUCCACCCAAGUCCUUCAUGAAUCGCCUGCCGACGCUCCACUUUAUGCAUAUGGGCGUCGGCCGCGUCUCUGUGUACCUGGGCGGGCAUGAUUCGCACUUUGAGCCGUCCAUUCGUCGCGGUAUCGCGCUGGUCAUCGGCAGUACUGUGCUGGACUAUUCUCGGGCGAACCAGGCGCGGCCACUCGACGUGUUUGAGCGGACGUCCAAGGACGCUCGGCAGGCCUUACGUCUGCCAGAGCACAUCGGUACUCGCGCUCGUGCCUUGGCGUACGAAGACGGAAGUGGCGCUGCGAUUGUAGGCUCCAUGCAUGACAUUUCGCUCUUCCCCCUCGUCGAUAUUGGCGCCGCUGCGUCGCAUGCUGAGAAUGCACCGCGUGAAGACGAUAAUGACACGGGCAUCUACGUGGAAGACCAGUGGGACUUUACUACGUCGUUCGAUCAUUUGCUGCGAGAGCCACGUCAUGUGCCACGUCUACAUCAGCUGCAGGAUGACUCUCAAAUGGUGCACAUCCCUGCACUGCUCGCAGAAGCGGAAUGCAGGAAUGCACACCCUAACAUCGCCAUCAAUGCCAGGACGGAAGGCUCCGUGACGAUGCGGAUCGUGUUGGUCAACACGUACUGUCUGCUUGUAUCUAUAUCCGCCAUACGGACGUUGCUAGAAGCAUGUCGUCGACCCAGACCUGCCACAGUACCACCUCUCAACGACGAAAAACCUUCGCCCAGCCCCGACAAGCCCCGAAUGACCGUGCAUGUUAUGGCGACCGUCCCUCGCAUCCACUUGUAUGUGUGGCUCCCGCAUGAUCGUCAGAUCUUUCUUUACAUCAAGGCCUUGCAUGUACGCAAGCGCCAGGGCAUUCGUGUGGCGUUGGACUCAUUGCAUGCUUGCCUUCCACAAGAAAAGCACAGGUCCGAGGCCUGGGACGAUGCCGUGGUGUUCCGCCGCUUUGCCGUCUCUUUGGGCGAACAGACCGAUUCCCCCAAGACGAUCUUCGUCACGGGUGAUAGUCUGCAUGCGCGGAUCCCCUACUUGUACUACUCGCAUCUUCUUAUCGAGGGCUCCGUGGUGGCCUUCAAAGCGACCAAGCAGCUCGUAUACCAGUUCAUCCUCGGCUACAACCAGAGCGCCAUAUAUCCCCACAACGAGGCACCAAAGCGACUGCCACAUAUCUCCUUGCGCAUUGGCAUUGCCGUGAUCGAGGCGGCCGACGAGGCCCUCGACUCGAAACUCAACCUCAUUUUCCGCGCUGGAGGUGACGAGCAGCUGAUGCGCAUGGAACGCCUGCGUCUCUUUGAGCAGCGUUUGGCUCAGACAGACCCGGAGGCCGUGCCAGACAACACGCGCGAGCGUUUGGAUGCCUUGAAUUCGUCCAAUUGGAUUCGGCGUAUCCACAAUGCCCGCAAUGUUCGUGCAGCGCGUGAGCGUGCGUUCCUGUCGUACAUUCAUCACCGCGUCGUUGACUUGGACGAAGUUACACAUGAACACAUCCCCAUCGAGGUCCGCUCACGACCAUCGGAUCCGCCACUCGCGCGGCUGACGAUGACCAAGUUGUCGUUGGAUAUCUCGCAGCCCACCGGCUACCAACUGGAAGAUACACAUACGUGGCUGCAUACGCAGGCAGGCAAUCCGGUGGACUUGGAGUAUACAACCCUUGUUCCGUUGCAUGUACGAUGGCGUCUCUCGGAAGCGAUCAUCCGUUUGCGUGACUACCCACUGCCGCUCCUGCACAUUCCGCCUCGCACCGAUAUGGAGCCAUGCUUCGAUGCCGAGGGCGAUAUCUGUGUGGCCGAGCAGCUGGGUGACGAGUACAGUGUUCGUCAUGUCCGUGCUACCAUUGUCCCUGCCAUCGACGCCACAGGUAGUGUCGAGCAUGGUCUCAUGGUCCCGAAGAGCUGCAUGACACCCAAGGUAUACGGUCCUGUGACUGUGCAUGUAUCCUCGUCGCGGCCCACCAUCUUUUCGUGGGGCCAGUCCAUGCAACCGACGAUCCAGGACCUGAAAGCUGUGAUUGAUGCGAUUACCAGUCCCCCUCGCGAUCCGUCGCCCAAGCCUGGGCCCUGGGAUAAGCUGCCAUUGCAUUUGCAGGGUUCCAUGCAUAUCUUCUUCGACAACGAUGUGCAUCUGCAUUUGAAAGGUGCUCGGGAUCCCUACUACUUCCUCCAAGGCGGCGCUGGUUGGGUACUAGCCUGGCGUAAGAACGUGGAAGUGCGAUUGGGCGUCGCCAAUCCCGAUCACGAAUUCCUCCAGGUCCGCAGCGGCGAGCAUCUGCUGGCGAUUCCCCAGUUGAAACACAUGCAGGAUAUGGCCUUGACUGGUCUCUACGAUGUUGAGCGUGGCGUGCGGACGACUGCCCGUGCUGUAUUAGAACGUCUUGAUACGCCUGUCCCUGCCACAUUUGCCAAAAUCAGCUGGCAGCUAAGUGGCGGUGUACGGUGGGGCAUGGGCCUCGCUUCGGAGCAUACAUGUACGGAAAAGACCUGUGAACGCACGCCGAAGUGUGAAGGCACACCGUUCUACCGCAAGUGCCGCUUCUUUGGACGCAAGCCACACUGGCAAGUCCUUUUGCGCUCCCGCGAAGGGUACGACCGCCUGCCUGAGUCGCAGCGUGGCGACUCGUACUAUGGCUGGCGCUCCGACUUUGUGCAUUUGUCAGUGUCUUUGCAGGCUAUUGGCGAUGGUGACCUGUACAACAGCGCGAUGCAGCUCUCGCGUAAUAGUGUGUACAUUACGCCCAAGUCGUGGGACCAUUUCAUGGAAUGGUGUCGACUCUUUAAUGGCCGUUUGAGUCUUCCGAUCCGUCAGGGCAACGUUUUCCCGAAAGCGCCAGGUGUCAAGUCGCCGAAGUUUGGCUUGCACCUCGGGACGAUCAAGUACCGUUUCAACAUUGCGCCAUUGCAGCUUUCGCACGUAUACCGGCAGCGUUUGCGGUACGACUAUAAAGAGGCACUGCGUUCGUACGUCGGUGUCAAGGCCAAGGCCGGCAUGUUCUACCUUGACUUGCACCAGCGCAUGCAGGAAACCGUGCAUCAGCCACCUGUCGAAGGUGCCAAGCCUACGCGCAGCCUACGUAAGCCUCUGUACGAAGCCGAGGCGGAUAUUAGCGACUUGGAACUGUGGUGUCUGUGUGCUCGUUUCCGCGAGACGUAUGAUUCCGUGAGCUCCCUGCCUGCGACGCCCGAUAUGCAGUUUGAUCCCCUUGCCUCGGUCUUCUCCAAGAGCGAGCAACAGGAUACGGAGCAUCCUGUGUACGACCGCUUGGAUUAUUACGAACUGGGGGAUUUGCCUGUGGAAGAAAAGGCCCCGAAGCUGCAUAUUCAGAAAGCUCUUACGCUUGCGCGAUUCAAUUUCCAUCGUCUUGUGGAGUGGCAAGCGCACGUCGUACGUCGGUCUAGCAAAGCGAGCACCGAAUCAGUGGAUCCGGUAUGGAUGCCACGCUCAGACAGUCCUGAAACGACAAGCUCGUCGCAUGAUGCCCCAUCUGAACCCACGCGGCAGUCUUCUACCUCCCGCCCGCCCUUCCGCAAGAUGACGAUGGCUGCGCCGCCGCUGACGGUGUACUCCAAGUUCGGGCAUGAAGGCACACAUACGUGCCUCAUUGGCCGUUCUCGUCAAGUGAUGGAUGACCAUUUGGAUUUGGAGCAUCAACGACUGCGCCACCUGGACGGGGAUAUACUAGUGCUCCAAAAGAUGUUGGAGCAAAACACCAUGCCAGGCGAUUCGCUGUACCAUGAGCAGCAAGAAAGGCUGCAUCGCUUGCAGAUGGCUGGGCGUGAUAUCAAAGCGCAUAUUGAUCGCAUCAUGGAGCACCGGACGGAAAAAGAUGCGAUCCAGGGUGAGGUGCCGCAGUACGAAGUAGAUCGCGCACGCCAUGCCAAUGCAACAGGACAGAGCUUGGACGAAGAUGCAUCACAGAAGAAUCCCUCAGCACUACGCAAGGAGUGGGAGUCGUUUAACAACCAAAUUCUGGCCUACCGUCCUGUGGUCAUGCUGAACAACUUGACUCGCGAUAUCCUCAUGCGAUACUAUGACAGUUCUCUGUACCAUCGUGGACUCAGUCAGCGCUUGAGUGUUUCGGAGCAGUACCAGGUGUACGAGCUGCUGGAACGGGCACGUCUGCACUUGCAGCGCUCGAUGGAUGCGGAUAACAAGGCGGAUCCUUCGACGUUGCUUGAAGAUAUGAUUGCGGAUACUACGCGACUUUCCUCGAAAGGCAUGGAACAUACCUUCCUUUCUGACUAUGGGGCAGAGCACAGCGAAUCGUACGAACCUGGUCAUGGUAUUUCCGACAUGUUUAGCCUACGCAAAAAAACCAUUUGUGUAUGUGUUCAGCCUGAGCUGAUUUUACAUUCGCACGUUGGCGAGAACUCGACGUUGGUUUUCCAUGCGAGGCAACUGCGUGUACGCAACUAUGCGGUUAGCGACUCGAUGUACGACGAACGCUCAAUCAAUCACAACGUCAUGCACCGCAACUUUAUCGCGAUGCAGUCGUUGCAGUGCUAUCAUUCCGUGGACGCCAUCGAAGAGGAUGAGACCCAAUCGACCUUGGAAUCGUUGCGUCUCCCUGCUGAGGUGCUCAACGGUCUUCACCAGCCUCGAUUCCAGCGCUUGAUCCGUGAGACGCAUGCGUUUGUCCUGUAUGACAAGCACAAUCGCCUGCGUCUGCAAGAUCCAUCACGCCCUGUGAUCGAUACAGGCCACCUGGAUGACACAGAGGUCAACUAUCUAAGCCACAAUAUGGAUCUCGUGCAAAUAUUGUGCCCCCGCUUUACGUUGACGGCCAACAGCGAGCAAUUCGCGGCCAUCUACAAUGUGGUGACCGACCUGGUCCUGUACACAGAUCCUCUGCAAAAGGAGCUGGAGCGACGUCGUGACUCGCUUUUGUACAGCUACCAAUUUAACGACCCCGACUUUGUCGUAAGUCUGAUUGCGGCGCAUCAGGUGCGCAUUCACGAUCUUUCCAAUCAACUUCGGGCGUACGAGGCGCAGUUCGAUGCACUGAACAACACAGGGAUUAAUGAGUAUGUGCUGUGCAACGUACAGCUAAUCGAUUUGUACGUCAACAUGUGCAUGCUUGAAGAAGCCGUGUUUAUCUCGCAUUCAUCGUCACGCGAUAAGAGCAAACAUUCAGCGCUGCUAUUGCGGGCAUGUGCAGAGUCGAUUGAAUGGAACAUGAUUGCGGACGAUGGUCCUACCGAUGCGGAUGUGAAAGACAUCCACGGCUUGUUUGCGCGUCUGCAUAUGCAAGGGACAGCGUACUCCCGCAUGGCGCUGGCCUCGGGCAUGUCGAUCAACUGUGUCAAUUUGCAAAACAUGGAGGCACACAAUGCGCACCCGUCGGCCUACUUUGAGGAGAUUUUGACCAAGUAUCAGCCCCGACAGACGAACAGCCAGCUGAACGAUCAAAAGCAGUUCUUGCUGGCACACUGGCUUAUGCCUGUGCCUGCUGGUGGCGUGGGCUUGAUCGAUAAGUGCGAGCUUCAUAUGCACCCUGUGAAAGUGCAGUUGGAGUUGCGUGUCGGCCGCCAGCUGUGGUCGUAUCUCUUCAGCUCUCGCAAUGCCAAGCAGGCUCAGGCUCGUGAAGAGCAGGAGGAAGAGAAUGUCGACGAGCACAAGAAACGCAAAUGGUUCAAGCAAAUCGUCUCGAUGUCACGCAAGGCCCGUCACACGGUGGCCUCCCCUGUGUCGCUGAGCGACUCGGACUCGGACUCGGACUCGGACUCGGGGAGCGAAGCGAAUAUCCUGUUGCCAGCGUCGCCGGUCAUUCAUCACUCGAAUGAGUCGAUCAUGACGCAGCGCAGUGCUAUGCAGGGAGGCAGCGAGCAUUUGCACACAGAUGCCGUCGACUUGGAGGCGUUCCGUGAUGAAAUGCUACGUCGCGCUGGUCACUACAUGUCGUUUGUGCAUGUGAUGGUUGCAGCUAUGGCCGUAUGUCUUUCGUACAAGGGCGAUGGUGAUCACUCGCUGACGAAUCUGUACGAUUUAGAGUUCCUUAUUCCGAAGCUCGAGUACAACAAUAUUCUCGGCACGUACGGCGACUUAACCGACUUGAUUCGAAAGGAUAUGAUCAAGAUUGCGUGGGAUCAUCGAAGCACGCUUCUGAAGGGCGUCAUCUCUACACACACACGAAAGCAUGCAGCGCUCAAAAAGUCGCGCGCGGAUCGCAUGCAACGGUUCAAUGUCUCCUCUCGCGAAGAAUGGCAACGGCAAAUGCUGCAAGAUCCACGACGUAUGUCGAAUGAUGCAGCGAUCCUCAUGCCACCGCCUGCACCCCCGCCACGCCCGCCCUCGCCCGACCGCAUGUCCAUGGCGUCGUCCACCUCCAUGUCGAAACAGGAGCGACUCUCGAUGUGGCGUCACGCGCUUGCGUCGCGCAUCCAAGAUGUCGCCGACGAUACUGCAUCGGUUCUUCACAUGGGCAGCCAAAGUCCCAAGCCCACGGACAGCGAGGCCUCGUCCGUGAACUCCGCGACGCUGCCUUCCUCGUCGUCCACGUCCUCGCAUCAUCCUCAUAGCGGUCGCUUACGUCGCUUUUUGCAUUUGCCCAAAAAGGAUCACUAG